UAUGUCCAUUAAUUAUGAGCUCCUUGUUAUUGCAGCCACGUCCAUAGCAGCUAUACUGUUGAUUCUGAUGUUGAUCCAGCUGUUUGUACGCUGUUUUCCAUUCAAGAGGUUUGUUUCAGUUACUGCUGAUAGGACCACGACCACAACUCUGGCAUUAGAACGCCAUCAAGAUUCUCCCCAUGAGAUUUCCCUCACGAUAGACCAUCCUGUUAUGUGUCUCGGCAAAGUGCUGAUAUCAAGCAUAGAAUCCGGGGAAAUGAUGGCUGUCAAACUCUCUCUACGUUCUAGUCUGGGAAACAUGAGGGCCCCAGUAGUUUUGCCACAAGCACAGACAAGAGAAGAUACCCAGAAGCAUCUUGAUGCUGACCAGACAUGUUGGCCACACACGGUGCUGGAUAUGUCCUCGGGACAAAUUCAACUUUACGGAGUACAGAGCCGCUACUGGCAAUGAUUAUAAUGUAGAGACGCAUUUCAUCUGAUGCCCUAGUUCACGUAGCAGUUAGUACACUAUUGUUAGA